AGAUGAAAAAGGAGAUGAAAGAAGGAAAUCAGGAUCCCGGUGUUUGUUGCAGUCCAAACGCAUCUCUUGUUCGUGGCGCGCGCCGUGUGUUUAUUAUUAGGGUUUUAUAUCUCUUCCUCCCACCCACCCACCCAGAAUUCGCAUCUCUCUCUCUCUCUCUCUCCCAACCUUAGAAGCAUCACGCGCGCUGCGCUGCAAGUGAACUUUUACCUCGCAUGUUCUAGGGUUUCGGGAAUUUCCCAUUUUAUUCGAUCACACCAGUGAUGACCGAAUUCCCCUUACAAGACAAUGCUGCGGUUACAGGAAAACCCGACGACAACUGUUCCAGCCCGUUAAGUGAGCCUCAAGCUAGGGUUUCGCGAAUGGACGCUUCGACGGAAGAGUUUAGGGUUUUCUCCGAGGAUGAUGGUAAUCGUCGAGAUUCGGAGAAAUUUGGGGGUUCUGAUAGCAAAUCUCUGUUAUCGGAAUUCGACGAGUUCGUGGCUGCUGAGAGAAGCGGGUCGAGGGAUCUUGGAUAUGGUUUUGAAGUGGGUGAUAUGGUUUGGGGAAAGGUGAAAUCUCACCCAUGGUGGCCCGGUCACAUAUACAAUGAAGCAUUUGCAUCACCUUCGGUUCGUCGUACGAAGAGGGAAGGUCAUGUUUUGGUGGCUUUCUUCGGCGAUAGCAGUUAUGGGUGGUUUGAACCAGCUGAACUCAUUCCGUUUGAUUCAAAUUUUGCCGAGAAAUCGCAGCAGACGAAUUCGAGAACAUUUUUGAAGGCCGUGGAAGAGGCAGUUGAUGAAGCCUGCAGGAGGCGUGGUCUUGGGUUAGCUUGUAGAUGUAGAAACCCUGAUAAUUUUCGUGCCACAAAUGUUGAAGGGUACUUUUGUGUUGAUGUCGAAGAUUAUGAGCCAGGAGGGUUGUAUUCUGAUAUUCAGAUUAGGAAGGCGAGAAAUAGUUUUAAACCAAUUGAAACUCUUGCUUUUGUAAAGCAAUUGGCCGUUGCUCCACAUGAUGGUGAACGUGGAGGCAUUGGCUACACUAAGAAUAAGGCUACCGUUUCAGCUUAUCGGAAGGCCGUGUUUGAGCAAUUUGAUGAGACUUAUGCCCAGGCUUUUGGGGUGCAGCCGUUGCGCCCCACUCAUCCUAAGAAUAAUCCACUUGAUCAAGCUGUGACUGUGAGGCAUCCUCCUAGAGCUCCUUUGAGUGGUCCACUGGUGAUAGCAGAAGCCUUGGGUGGUGGGAAGAGUGCAGCCAAAUCUGUUAAAGUUAAGGACAAUUUGAAGAAGGAUAGGUACCUUUUUAAGCGGAGAGAUGAUACAAGUAACUCUUUCCAAUUGGCAUGCAAGGAGGAGACACCUGAUGCAGCUGCUCGUUAUGUAUUGCAGAAGAGGACUCCAGUUGAGCUUGUAACGCCGCAUAAUUUAGAAAAGCAUGAUGGUGCAGUUUCGACUUCAGAUGCUAAAGAAGCUUUUAGAGGUCAGGUUCAAGCAGAUUGCAGUGGUCUUACAUCUCAAGCCAUUUUCUCAGAUGCAAAGCCUCAUCUUGACAAGGGGAAGGAAUAUUCUGAAGAAGUGAAUCAUAGCAUUGAACGGGAUAAUGUUUCAAGUAAAAGCAUGGUUAGAUCUGAUUUGUUUGGUGAAUUGGCUUUACAAAACACAAUUGAUGAGACAUCUCAGCCAUCACAUCUGGAGAGAAAAGUUUCAGUUGAUGUUAAACAUGAUGGGAAUGCAAAACUGUCAGGACCAUGUGAGGAUUUGAAGCCAGGGGAACAUGGACUUCUGGCUGUUGCAGAUGGAGGAAAUGACAUGCAUCAAGCUAAGAGUGAAAAUAAUGUAUAUAGUUCACCAGUUGAAGCAAAGCAUCAUGAAAUUAGUGUGGUGAAAAAGAUAAAAGGUCAUAAGAGACCUGCAGAUGACUUGAAGACUUCUGCUGUUGGGGAGAAAAAGAAGAAAAAGAAAAAGGAUUUAAAUUUACAACAUACCUCAAGCUCUCUGGAGAAGCAUUCUACUCCUGGAAAGUCGGUACACCUCUCUGGAAAAUUGACAGGAAAAGAUGUCUCAGGUGGUUUGGCUCCUAGAGAGGAUUUGUCUGCAGAACAAAUGCAGGUAGAUGUUAAUAUCCGUAAUUUUCCCAUGGAUACCAUGGGAGAUGCUAAUUUUGAACUGCCGCAACUGUUGGGUGAUUUACAAGCUCUUGCUUUGGAUCCCUUUCAUGGCAUUGAAAGAAAGAUCCCUGCAGCUGUUCGACAGUUCUUUUUGCUGUUCAGAUCUCUUGUUUACCAAAAAAGCUUGUUCUUGUCUCCUCAGAGUGAGAAUGAAGCUCCUGAAAUUCGUGUUACUAAAUCUCCAAGUGUCAGGACAUCUGACAGUCCUGAUGAUCAUGCCAGAGCUUUGCCAGUGGUAAAACCUGUAAAACAUAUAGUUCGUCCUGAUGAUCCUACAAAAGCUGGGCGGAAAAGGGCCCCCUCUGAUCGGCAAGAAGAAAUUGCUGCAAAGAGGUUGAAGAAAAUCAAGGAUUUAAAGGCACUAGCUGCAGAGAAAGCAGGGGCCAACCAGAAAACAUCUGAAGCCCGGCGAGACGAUAGCAAAGAAUCCAUGUCCCAGGCUCCAUACAAGUUAGGGAGAGCAGACUCAACCAAGAAAGUGGACCGUCCAGCUAAGGCAGUUGAGCCCACUAUAUUGGUGAUCAAAUUUCCUCCCUCAACUUCCCUUCCAUCUAUUGCGGAGCUGAAGGCAAGGUUUGCUCGCUUUGGCCCAAUGGAUCAAUCAGGUUUCCGUGUAUUCUGGAAGUCCUCAACUUGCCGUGUUGUUUUCUUGCAUAAGGCUGAUGCACAAGCUGCAUAUAAAUAUUCUGUAGCAAACCAAUCCUUAUUUGGUAGUGCGGGUGUGAGGUGCUUUCUUCGCGAGUCUGGGGAUUCCGCUCCUGAAGUCUCUGAAGGUGUCAAGGCUAGGGUAGAUGAUGGUGCCAAUGAAACACCUCAGGUCAAGGACCCUGCAGUGGUUCAUCGCCAGACAUCGGUAUCAUCACUGCAACCUCUUUCACAGCCAAUGAUCCAGCUCAAAUCCUGUCUGAAGAAAUCAACCGGUGAUGACUCAGGUCAAGUUAUGGGUAAUGGAAGUAGUAAAGGAAACCCUCGUGUAAAAUUCAUGUUAGGUGGGGAAGAAAGUAGUAGGGGAGACCAAUUAAUGGUGGGUAGUAGAAACAACUUCAACAAUGCUAGUUUUGCUGAUGCUGGUGCACCUCCUGUUGCAAUGGAUUUUAAUAGUAAGAACAUUCCAAAGGCCCCUUCUCAACCACCGUUGCCUAUUCUUCCCCUUGCUACUCAGUUUACAAAAACUCCACAACAUAAUUUGCGUAAUUCUGAACUGGCAAUGGCACCCCGAAACAGUCCCAAUUUUAUUAACACCGCUGCAUCAGCUACUGCAACCACAGUUGAUAUAUCACAGCAGAUGAUGAACCUUUUGACGAGGUGCAGCGAUGUCGUGACUAACCUGACAGGUUUAUUAGGCUACGUGCCUUACCAUCCACUUUGACUAAAAAAAAAUUCGACGUUACACCGUAUCAUACACAAGAAAAAUUAGAGUUAGAUAUUGUGGAUGACUUGCUCAUAGAAAUGCAAAAAAUAGCAGUUGUGCAAGAGGGCGCGAGGUCACGUUGGGGCCGAGAGCAAUCCGAGAGGUUUUAUUUGAUGAUGUUUUUGGGCUCCAAAAUUGUAAAUGCACUCGUAUUAUCAUCGGCGUCUUAUUAGCUGCUUUUUCCUUUUCCGCUUUCCUAUUGGGGUGUACUCAGUUGAUAUAUCAUCGUUAAUGGCACAUGGAUGCUCACAUGUACUUCUGUACUCACCCUGUAUUUGUAUUGUACCUGAGAGGCUUGACCUUAUUGCCUACAUUACCUUAACCUUGCAACGACCUAAAUUUGGAGUCCUCGACUCCCUUCCCUUCCCUUCCCUCUGCUUUCGGGUCCCCAUUGCAUAAGAUUUGAUAAUUGCGCAUCAAUUUCAAAUUUGACGUCAUAGAAUGGUAGAGUUUGCUGAACAAUAACUAUAACCGUAUUUCUUUAGUAAAUCGCAUUACGCGACCUUUUGGAAGUUAGAAUGUUAUUUUUUAGGUCAAAAGUUAGAUUUUGUUCCAAAUAUAAACAUUGCACUAUUAUGCAUGAUAUGGGCUUCCAUGAUUUGUGCAUGAAAGGCUGCUAGUGAUGUAAAUAGCUAGUUCAUAAAUCGAAAUAAGGAAAAAAAUCGUUUGGUUCGAAUUUU